CUCUCUCUCUCUCUCUCUCUCUCUCUCUCUCUCUCUCUCUCCCCCCCGGGAAAACUUUAGCAUCUCUCGCUUUUUAGAUGUAGAUAUGGAUAGAUUAGAUAUGGAUUUAACUUAUCAAAAAAAAAGAUUAGAUCUGGGUUUAUGGUUUUGUUUGAGUUCAUAGAUUUGGUGUAGUUUUGAAUCGGGUUCUGUGGUUUGGUUGGAGCAUGUUUCGCUCUUUUGUGUAUUUUUAUCUUUUGGUGGUUGAAUCUUGCAUUCGCCUACUGAUUAGUGAGAUUUUGCAUAUUAUGUUUUGUGGGGUUUUGUUUGAUUUCGUAUUUUAUGGGACUGUUUUGAAGAUUUGUUAUCCAUUUUGAUUUCGUAUUUUCGAGUCCAUAAUACAUUAUUACACCGUUUUGUGCUAGAACAUGUUUGGGUUUUUAACUGGUUGAUAGAAAUCUCGGUGGCCAUGGUUCCCUUUUUAAUUGUUUUUCACAGAUUUGGAAUUUUUUGUCUAGAUCUGGGUUUUUUUUGUUUGUUCUGUACGUGUAUGCAAAUGUCACCAAUUUCUCUCAAUUUUAUAAUAACAUGUGGGUCAGAUUUUAUCCAAUGUGCUCAUUCAAAUUCUAUAGGUGUAAUGUAAUUAUCCAUGUGGGUCAGAUUUACCCAUGUUUCCCUUUUAGAUUGUUUUUCACAGAUUUGGUUUUUUUUGGCUAGAAUGUAAUUAUAAUCUGUUUUGAUAUAAAAAAUAUUUUUAUGAGUUCUUCGAAGGAGCUUGAUCUCUAUGCUAGUGAAAUGCAUGGGUCGAGUUUGCAAACGGCGUCGUUUUAGUGCUUUUAGGGUUGCCUCCAGCCCCUCUCUCAGACUCAUCUCUGCCCCUCCCCCAGUCCCCUGCACGUAGCCCAUCCCAGUCCCCUGCACGCAGGCCGCAGCCCUCUCUCAGACUCUCAUCUCUGAUUCCUCCACAGAUCCUCGCCGACAUUCCGAGAUUUUUUAGGGAAAAUUUAGUGGGGAGUUGCAAAGAGCAGCAGCCAGCAAGAGGCAAAUCUCACAAGUUGCGGCGUGGAGUGGAUGGUGGAGUGUGGAGACGUCAACCUGCGGCGAAGGAAAACAAGUUGCGUCUAUAAGUGUGGAGACGGAAUAAUUAUUGUGAGCAUAGAGCAAUGGGCCGUAAAGCCGGUACACUUCAUAUCAACCCAAAGAAAUUUGGCUCUCUUCACAAGCCUUGCAUGAAGGAAAUGAUUACAUUUCUCAACUGCUUGGCUGUUAACCACAGCAGUGACGAUAAGUGUGUUAGGCAGAAGGAACUUUUGAGCGCUUGUAUGGAUUCUCAGACAAGCAAUAAAAGGAAGUCCUGGGGAAGUAUUAAUUACCACCUGCAGAGGCUUAACAGAGGAAGGAAGUAGUUUGGGGUUUUUAGAUAAGAAUGUUUGACUCGGGCUCAUUCUUCAGGGGUUCAGAGUUGCAGACGUUUAGUAGCAGGGGAAGGAACUAUUUUGUUUAUUGAACCAAAGAGUGUAUCAUUUCUCGAUUCAACUUGGAUGAUAUUUCGCCAGUGAAAACAUCAAACAUUUUUUGAACAAAUAUACUGUAGUUUAUAUAAAUCCUCGUCCAGUUAAAGAGGUUUGCAAUAAUCUGUAAAAUGAGUUGGACAAGAAAGGAAUCUGAGCUAUUUCUCUGCUCUGCUA